AUGGCUGAGACAGCACCUCGUAAACCAGGACUUGUGACAGUGGAGUUGAAUAAAACAAUAUGGGAGGUGCCGAAUCGCUACACUAUACAGAACCCCGUCGGAAUUGGGGCAUACGGCCAAGUUGUACAAGCUGCAUUUGACAAGAAGACAAACAUGAAAGUGGCCAUCAAAAAGCUAGCACGCCCUUUUCAGACAGCCAUCCAUGCCAAGAGAACAUACAGAGAACUUCGCAUGUUGAAACACAUGAAUCAUGAAAAUGUAAUCAACCUAAUGGACUGCUUCACCCCAACAGUCACGCUGGAUGAUUUCAGUGAUGUGUAUAUGGUGACUCCUUUGAUGGGCGCGGACCUCAACAAUAUACUCAAGACACAGAGACUCAGUGACGACCAUGUACAGUUUCUUGUUUAUCAAAUUCUCAGAGCUCUCAAGUACAUCCAUUCAGCAGGAAUUUUACAUAGAGACUUAAAACCUAGUAAUAUUGCUGUGAAUGAAGACUGUGAAUUGAAGAUCCUGGACUUUGGGCUUGCACGGCACACAGAUGAAGAGAUGACCGGUUAUGUGGCAACCAGGUGGUACAGGGCCCCAGAGAUCAUGCUUAACUGGAUGCAUUACAACCAGACAGUGGAUAUUUGGUCUGUUGGUUGUAUAAUGGCAGAAAUGAUGGUUGGACGACCCCUCUUUCCUGGCACAGAUCAUAUUGAUCAACUCACCAGAAUUUUGUCACUUGUAGGUACUCCUAGUGAUGAGUUGAUGCAGGAGAUUAAGAGUAAUGAUGCAAGAAUGUUUAUCAAAUCAUUACCCCACAUGCAGAAGAAAGAUUUCAAGCAAGUGUUUGUGGGAGCAAACCCUCUUGCUAUUGACCUUCUGGAGAAAAUGUUGGAUCUGAACACGAACACAAGACUGGAUGCAACCCAAGCAUUGGCCCAUGAGUACCUGAAGCAGUAUGCAGACCCCAAUGAUGAACCCACAGCCGAGAAAUAUGAUCAGUCGUUUGAGGAUAUGGAUCUGUCUAUCAAUGAAUGGAAAAAACUUGUCUGGGAUGAAUUGGAGAACUUUCGCCCUACACACAAUUUGUCUUAG